CAGCUCAUGGAGCGGCUCCGCGCUGGCUGCAGUUUGGCAGAGUUGGAAAUGUGAAAGCAAGAAGCAGGCUCGGGGCUCCCCCUCCUCUCCUCUCUCUCUCUCUCUUUUUUUCCCCUCCUCUCUCUCCCUCUCCCUCUCUCUCUCUCCCCCUCUCUCUCUCCCUCUCUCCCCGCACACGCACACCUCCAAACCGCAGCCCCCCGCAGCAGUCAUGUAUUCUCCGCUCUGUCUCACCCAGGAUGAAUUUCAUCCCUUCAUCGAAGCACUUCUGCCUCACGUCCGAGCGUUUGCGUACACGUGGUUCAACCUGCAAGCCCGAAAAAGAAAAUACUUCAAAAAACAUGAAAAACGCAUGUCAAAAGAGGAAGAGAGAGCCGUGAAGGACGAACUGCUAAGUGAAAAACCCGAGGUAAAGCAAAAAUGGGCAUCCAGACUUCUGGCAAAGCUCCGGAAAGAUAUCAGGCCUGAAUUUCGGGAGGAUUUUGUUCUCACAGUCACAGGAAAAAAGCCUCCGUGUUGCGUUCUUUCCAAUCCAGACCAGAAGGGCAAGAUGAGAAGAAUUGACUGCCUUCGCCAGGCAGAUAAGGUCUGGAGGUUGGACCUUGUUAUGGUGAUUUUAUUUAAAGGUAUUCCGCUCGAAAGUACUGAUGGCGAGCGCCUUGUAAAGUCCCCACAGUGCUCUAACCCCGGGCUGUGCGUACAGCCCCACCAUAUAGGAGUUUCUGUUAAGGAACUCGAUUUAUAUUUGGCAUACUUUGUGCACGCAGCAGAUUCAAGUCAAUCUGAAAGUCCCAGCCAGCCAAGUGAAGCUGAUAUUAAGGACCAGCCAGAAAAUGGACAUUUGGGCUUCCAGGACAGUUUUGUCACAUCAGGUGUUUUCAGUGUGACUGAGCUAGUAAGAGUCUCACAAACACCGAUAGCUGCAGGAACAGGCCCUAAUUUCUCCCUCUCAGAUUUGGAAAGUUCUUCAUACUACAGCAUGAGCCCAGGAGCAAUGAGGAGGUCUUUACCUAGCACAUCCUCUACCAGCUCUACAAAACGUCUCAAGUCUGUGGAGGAUGAGAUGGACAGUCCUGGUGAGGAGCCGUUUUAUACAAGCCAAGGGCGCUCUCCAGGAAGUGGCAGCCAGUCAAGUGGAUGGCAUGAAGUGGAGCCAGGAAUGCCAUCGCCAACUACAUUAAAGAAGUCAGAGAAGUCUGGUUUCAGCAGUCCCUCGCCUUCGCAGACCUCCUCCCUUGGAACGGCUUUCACACAGCACCAUCGACCUGUCAUUACAGGACCCAGAGCAAGUCCACAUGCAACACCAUCGACUCUUCAUUUUCCAACAUCACCCAUUAUUCAACAGCCUGGGCCAUACUUCUCACACCCAGCAAUCCGCUAUCAUCCUCAGGAGACUCUGAAAGAGUUUGUCCAACUUGUCUGCCCCGACGCUGGUCAGCAGGCUGGACAGGUGGGGUUCCUAAAUCCCAAUGGUAGCAGCCAAGGCAAGGUGCACAAUCCAUUCCUUCCUACCCCAAUGUUGCCACCACCACCUCCGCCACCAAUGGCUAGGCCUGUGCCUCUGCCAGUGCCAGACACAAAACCUCCAACUACAUCAACAGAAGGAGGGGCCACCUCUCCCACUUCUCCAACCUACUCGACACCCAGCACCUCCCCCGCAAACCGAUUCGUCAGUGUUGGACCACGGGAUCCAAGCUUUGUAAAUAUCCCUCAACAGACUCAGUCCUGGUACCUGGGAUAAAAGUCUCCGCUUCCCACCACCCACCGGACAGACCACCAGACCCCUUCCCACCUCUGUA